AUGGCUACGCCAGCCAAAUACUAUCGAAAAGCUGUUGUGAAGUUAUGCAGGACUUCUUCCAAGUUAGCCUUUCUGAUUAAGUGCCGUUCAUUGGGAUUAUUUCCUGCUUCAAUUUAUAGAAUACGUUUGCCUCCUGACUGUUCUACGUUACUACCUGUGGUUAGGCGCAUCUGUUUAAAAAAAGCGAUAAGAUAUGCUAGGAGAAGAAGGUAUGCAUUAGUGAGCAACGUUAUCCGAUUAGAAAAUUAUUUUUAUGAGAGGAAUCCCGACAUCCUGACCAGAGUUAAUGCAAGUGUCGUCCCGUUAGCAGACUCUAUUUCUAGGAGACUCCGCAAACAGCAUCGUAAGAAAGUAGAAUGGCUGUCGACGUUCCAGCGUCUGAAGGAAAACCGAAUACAGGGUUCUCUUGUAUGUUGGGAUGGCAUUCAACCUCCGCCCAUGCUGGUUAACGUAGUAGGAUUGGGCCCCGCGUUUGCUCCUUCCCUUCCGGUGGACUUAACUAAGGUUAUACUGGAUGUUGAGAGGAUGGUGGAAGGUCUUGGCAACACGCGUAAAGAAUACUUCCGAUGGAAGGUUUUCUUCGAUAUCUAUAACCACAAGGCACACGAUGAACGAUCAUAUGCGAGUGCCAUACAUAAUUCUAGACGAUGGAUGAGUCGUAAUGAUGUGGUCGCUGUAAGGGCGGAUAAAUCCAAAAGCAUUGUUCUUAUGAAAAGGGAUACGUAUAGAAAUGGCUUGUAUGAAUACAUCAGCAACACUGAAUGCACUAAGGCCCCCAGCGGAUUUUUGGAAAGGACUCAAGCAAGGGUUGCACGUAUGACCAACUCACCAUUGGCUAGAGUACUAAAGAUAACUAAGGCAACUAUUUCGACACCCAUUGCACCACGCUUAUUUGCUUUCGUCAAACUCCAUAAAGACGGUAAACAACUACGUCCGGUCGUCGACAAGUCGAGAUCUCCGACUAUACUUAUAGAACACAUGCUUAACUCCUUUGUAACAAGCACCAUCGAGGAAUAUCCGUGUACUGUGUCCAAUCCGGUACAGUUGAUUCACAGAUUGAAUGCACUUGACAACUUAGAUGGCGUAUAUUUCACUGUUUGUGAUUUUGAAUCCAUGUUCCCAUCCAUCCGCAUCGAGCCAUGUUUUUGUGAGUUAAGGGAUUUUCUCAUUCGAAAUAUCAACGACUCUUCUGAACAUCUAUCUGACAUCUUAGAGUUGNCAUGGUUGGGUGUAAUUUUCCUAUAG